AUGGUUCUCAGGCUAUUGAUGAGAUAUUUGGCAAACAAUGAGCAGCUGAUCCAGCGCAUGGCUGAUAGUUAUCCCAUGCGACGAGCUGCCCAGCUAGUUGUCUCCAUGAUGUACCGGGGCAAGAGCAUAGCCAGGGAACAGGGUCUCCAUGAUAUGACGCCAGAGCGUUUCAAGUCCUUUAUAAAUCUGUUUAAAGAUAAUGUACGCAAAGAGAUCGAAGGGGUAAAGCAAGAUCUUAAAAAUAAGAAGAAAUAGGUGAAAAAUGUCAAAAUCAAAUUUGUAUAUAGGCAAGGCAUAAUAGGCGUUCAAAAUUUUCAAUAGUUAUAGUCAGGAAUUACCACUCUAAAAAUAAAUUUUAUUUCUACUUCAA